AUGAAGGGUACUCCUACAGCUCCAACAAUUGGCAGUUUGGGUGCCAACAGUGACGGCCUACUCACCCGCAAUAGAGCUCUGACGGUCAGCAAUGAGGAGGCUCUGGCAAAGUAUUACGAGGAUACACCAGAAAGAUGGGAGAAUGUGGCAAGAGAAAUUCGUGGCGGCAAAUCUGUUCAAGUUCAAAGACACUAUCAGAUCCUCUUGCGCGAUCUCUCACACAUUGAAUCUGGACGCGUUCCCAUUCUCAACUAUAAAUCUCUGCCCAGAUUACUCGCAGUCUAUAUCUUCUUCUGCAACGUUGUGCUCAUGCUAGUCUGUUUUUUUGUUGUUUGCAUCAACUCGAAGGCUUUUGAAGCAUCUGAGGUUGAAUUGAUUGGAGGCAGGGGCCAUGAGUUCUCGGCAGCAAUAUAUUUGGUUUCCCUUGAAAAAAUUAUCACUGUAAUAGGUUAUCACAUGCUCCAAACACUGUAAAAAUUAUCAUGUUUUCGUGUAAAAAUGGUGCAGUUAACUAGAUUGAAGCUCAUGUGAUUAAACU